UGGGCUCGAUUAAACUUCGUUGGAGAUUUCAAGCCGGUCGAAAGAAAAAAGAGUGUUCCCGCGUCCAUUACAAUUAAAUUCUAUCAUCGAGUAACAAGUCAGCAGUUACAUCUGGAAGUUCCUCAAACCAAAUCAAAUCUUGUUCCACUGAAAGACCAUACCUUGCAAGCCUGUGUGCAAUCUCAUUUGCUUCACAGUUAACAUGUUGAGAUUUAAAAUUGGAACCAACAUAGAAGCGUCCCUGGGAUUGGAACCAAUAAUUUCUUCACUUGAACUUUAAAGAGAGAAGAACACAAUGGUUCGUGGAGCAGCACAUCCACAGCUGUUUUGGGGCAAGCACGCGAGCUCGCCCAUAUUUGACGCGAUUAAACUAUUGGGUGCAGUACCUGUCACAGCAAAAAAUCUGUUCAAAUUGUUUGCAGCAAAAUCACAUGUUCUGCUUUAUCCUGGUAGUGAACGUGAAGCAGUCCAUAACAAGGGUGAAGAAUACAAGUUAUUCUGGCUGACGGACCGGAAUUCACGAGAAUGGCUGCAGGUUUUGGGGCCACAAUUGUACCAUUUGCGGCCGUGGGAGAUGAUGAUCUACUUCAAGAAUGACCUAAUGAAGAUCCCAAUGCUGAGUCACCAUCUCAAAGACUCGAGUCGCGGUACUGUAAGAACAAGGGAUGAGUCGAGUGGGGAGUUGAGAAAGAAGAAGUCUUUAAUCCAGUGGUUUUGCCUAAGUUACCGGGACAAUAUUACUAUUUGUUCGGGAUGCCUAUAUAAACCAAAAGAAAGAAAGAGAUCCUGAUCAAGGACAAAGAAAAGGCGAAAGAAUUGUACUUGCAGAUGCAAUCCGACCUUGAAAACAGUUUAGCAUACUUAAUUAAGUAGGAGGAUGAUCCUUGUAGGAAUGUUUUUGACAGAAUAGUGCAGCGGAUGACAUAUUCCGCUAUGUCAUUCGUUAUACAUGAAGUUCCAACAUUUAAGCCUUGAAAAUAUGGUUUUGUUGGACGAUCACUCCAACGUCAAUCCACGUUGGAAGGUGUGUAAGAGUUUCGGCCAAGGUGCUUGCACCGCCUCCUACCAUGUGUUUGUCUCUCUUGGUUCUAUUAGUUGUAGUUUGGUCAUUCCCACCGGUUUCCCCUGAUUUGUGGUUGCUCUUUGGUGCGAUUUUGGAAUUGAUAAGUGUGAAGUGGCCCGUCGAUCUUUUUGGAGGAUUUUGGUUUUCCUCCUUUUUUGCAAUUUUAGGGCUUUGUUUUGGUUGAUUUGAAGCUUUUGCAGGAGGUGUUGCGUUGGUUGUUUUGUUUGCCCUUUUUUCUUGUGGAUUCCUGCUGCUGUUAUACGCUCUUUGCUUGGAUUUUGGUGAUGGCGGCUACGGCGUUCUCGAGUGCUUCGAGCUGACAGCUAGUGUUUCUUGUUUUUCAGUUUUGGUUCAUGUUCCAAGUUUGUUGGACCUUACUAUUUUUCUCUUCCUAUGUACAUUGUCUUUUGUUCAUAUUGAAUGAAACUUGUGUUGCAA